AUUUUUUUUUUUUUUUUUGUGUGUUGCCGCUUUUAUAAACCGAAGAGUCUCAUAAAAAGGUAAACCAAAAAUGGAUUUAAACCGAAACCAAAUCGAAAACCAAUUAGCCGACCAAAAUAUCCGUCAAAGUCAAACUCUCCUCUGUUAGGAUAAGCUCAUAUGCAGAAUUUCAAUUUGAAUUGAGAGGAGGAAGAAGAAGCGAUCGCAAAACCAAAAAUGUCAGGAGUUUACGAUAAUCAAGCUGAUAUCUACUUAGACGCACGCCCUACUUAUCCCGCCGAUUGGUACUCCAAGCUCGCCGCUCUCUCUCACCGUCACCAUCUCGCCUGGGACGCCGGAACCGGCAACGGCCAAGCAGCAAUCGGGAUCGCUGAGCACUACGAUAGAGUCGUCGCGACGGACGUGAGCGAGACGAUGUUAAAUCUGGGGAAACCGCAUCUGAAAGUAACUUACCACCACACGCCACCGUCGAUGACCGACGACGAAAUGGUGAAUCUGAUCGGAGGAGAGAACUCCGUCGAUCUGAUAACGGUGGCGACCGCCGUGCACUGGUUCGAUCUCCCGAGAUUCUACGCAAUCGCGAAUCGUCUCCUCCGUAAACCAGGAGGGAUCAUCGCCGUGUGGAGCUACAACACAGACAUGGUGGUGAGCCCUGAGUUCGACUCGGUGAUGACUCGGUUCAACGAAAAAACGACGCCGUAUUAUAAAUUCCCCGAGUGCCACUACUUUUUGGAUGGAUACAAAACGUUGCCGUUUCCGUUCGAGAAUGUGGGCCUGGGCUCAGAGGGAAAGCCCAUGGAGCUGGAGAUGAAGAAAACGGUGUCGUUUGAAGGAUUCUUGCGGAUGUUGAGAUCAUGGUCUGCCGUCGGUGCCGCGAAGGACAAAGGAGUCGACUUAUUGUCGGAAAAUGUAGUGAAAGAGCUCGAAACGGCUUGGGGUGGAUCCGAGCUGGUUCGAACCAUCGUCUACAAGACGUUUAUGCUCGCAGGAACCGUUAGAAACUAGCUUAACCGCUCAAAUUUGUCAUAGACAUUUGAAUGAUUGUGUUAUGUUAUAGUAAUAAUAAUUAGUCACCGAAGAUUAUAUA